CCGGCUAUAAAUACGGCUGCGCGCAGCGCACAGUUAGACAUUUUCCUAAAAUCAAACGAAAGACACAACCGAGGAAGAAGCAAGCCGGCGCAUACCUCUGAUCAUUCUCUCUACCUUGCUCUACAUCCAGAUAACAAUGUUGGCCAUGGCUGGAUUAUAUUUAAAACACGUCGCGGUGGCAGCGCUGUGCUCCGUGCUGGUCACAGGAACGCUGGGGUCCCCGGUAGUGGGGCCAGAGCCGAUUCGCUGCGCCCCAUGUACUCCGGAGAGGCUGAGCCAGUGUCCAGCGGUGGCACCCGGAUGCACCGAGGUGUUGCGGGAACCCGGUUGUGGAUGCUGCCUCGCCUGCGCUCUGAAAGCUGGGGAGCUGUGCGGGAUCUAUACGGCACCGUGCGGCUCCGGACUGAGGUGCAUCCCGAGACCCGGCGACCCCCGGCCGCUGCACUCCCUCACCCGCGGACAAGCCGUGUGCACGGAGAGCACAGAGCCCGAGGCCACCCCUGAGCCCCAGACACAAGAUCAAGAAGAGCCAGAGCCGCUGGAGAUGGACAACGCAGCCACCAUCUCGGACCCUAGCUACAGCCACUACCUCCCCGGUCACGGCAGGCCCUACGAUCCGCGGGCUGCCGCCGACGCUCAGGAGAGCAUGAAAGCCAAACUCAUCACCGUCCGCAAGAAACUGGUGGAGCAGGGGCCCUGUCACCUGGAGCUGCAGACGGCUUUGGACAAGAUUGCCAAAUCCCAACAGAAAUUAGGGGACAAGUUAACUAGAUUCUACCUCCCCAACUGUGACAAACAUGGGCUUUACAAACCCAAGCAGUGUGAAUCCUCUCUGGACGGACAGAGGGGUCGAUGCUGGUGCGUGAAUUCUUGGAAUGGCAAGAGGAUUUUAGGUUCGACAGAAUUGCCUGCAGAUGCCGAGUGCCCUUAAAGAGAUCAACCACUGACGCAGAUCUCACGAGAAGAAGCAAGCCACUGAUGUUUCCUUUUUGAUAGCUGUUUAUUUAUUGAUCUUGUCCAUGGUGGUGUUUAAUUCAGGUACACUGUCAUUGCGGGGCAUGUGGGUCCCAACCACCCUGAACCCCCCCCCCCCCUACUUCUUCAAAUACCCAUCCCAAAGAGAAAAAAAAUCUAUUUUUGUUUUUCUUAAAAGAAGAUUUUAAUAUUAAUGUAUUUACUCUUCAGCCUUAUUUAUUUCAAUUGUAUUACAUUUUAUUUGUAAUUAUUUCAUAAGUAUUUAUAUCAUCUUGUGUUGCCUUAUUGUUAUAUUAUUAUUUUUACGUAUGUGUAUAAAGUGUAUAUAUAUAUAUAUAUAUAUAUAUGUAUAUCGGCCCUGAGUAACUCCACUGCUGAGUUGAGCUCGCUCUACCCUUAAGGAGUUGUCUGGAGGUUUGCUUUGGGGCGAACCAAGAAAGAACAAAAGCACUGAGUGACCAAAUGUCAUUUAGAAGUACUUCUAAAUGCUGUUUUUUUUUUUUGUUUGUUUGUUUGUUUGUUUUUGUUAUGUUUCAGUUUGUUAUCAUUGUUGUCUUUGUUUUGUUGCUGUCUUUUUAUUUUAUUUUCAGUGAAUGCAAAAUUCUCAGUCGGGAAAUCCUUAAAUACUCUCAGAAAACAUUUCCCAUGAUCCCAUGGGGAUGCAGAUAACAUCACAGGCGGCGGCUGUCUGCGCUCGCCGCCUCUCAGACGGGUAUUUCAACAUUUACCUACCUCCGAUAUUUACGUAUCUGUUGUCACUUGUGUUGAUGUCAUUAAAAAAAAAAAAAAAAAAAAAAAAAAGACUUGCUAUACACGUCGCCAUCCUCUCUGACCAAGAAUUCAUGACCACAAAAAAAGGAGCCCCGCUGUGUGCGCCGGCUCGACUCUAGCCACAUGCUGCUGUUUGUGUGAGUCGAUUCCAAAGCGACUAACUGCUCACUCGUGUUUAUGUAUGUCUAUGUACACUUUUGUAAUUGAGAUGUAAGAGAAAAAAAAAGGUGAUAUAUUUAAUAAAAACAUUAACCUCA